ACACUCUGAACUGGAGACAAAAGCAGGAAGAGUAUACAAAUCCUGCCCAACUUUCUUGUUUCUGCUGAAGAAGCAGAAGGAGACCCCAGCACAGCCAAGGACAAUUCCUCUCCGGAGCAGUGAGUGCAUUCACUGGACACAGGAUUUUCUGUGCCUUUAUUUGCUUGAAGUCAUGGGUCAGCUGUUCUCUUCGCCUAAGAAUGAGCACCAAGAUUUGGCCUCCAGCUUUACUGAAUAUUUUAAGAAAUUUAAGACGGGAAACAAAAUCAUUUCUCAGGAAAUCAUCACUUCAGUUGAAUUAAGCAUGACAAAAGGGAACAUUCAGGGGGCAAACUCUGCAAUCAGAGAUGCAUUAAAAGAAAUCGAUAGUACCCCGCUCAAUGUUGCUGUCACUGGGGAGUCUGGAUCAGGGAAGUCCAGCUUCAUCAAUGCCCUGAGAGGCAUUGGGCAUGAAGAGAAAGGUGCAGCUGAAACUGGGGUGGUGGAGACAACCAUGGAGAGACAACCAUACAAUCACCCCAAUAUGCCCAAUGUGGUUUUUUGGGACCUGCCUGGGAUUGGAACCACAAAUUUCCCACCAAAAACUUACCUGGAGAAAAUGAAGUUCUAUGAGUAUGACUUCUUCAUUAUUAUUUCGGCCACGCGCUUUAAGAAAAAUGAUAUAGACCUCGCCAAAGCAAUCAGCAUGAUGAAGAAGGAAUUCUACUUCGUGAGAACUAAGGUGGACUCUGACUUAAGGAACGAAGAGGAAUGCAAACCUCGAACCUUUGACAGAGAAAAAGUCCUGCAGGACAUCCGCUUUAACUGUGUAAAGAACUUUAGGGAAAAUGACAUGAAUGAGCCGCCAAUCUUCUUGAUCUCUAAUAGAAAUUUUUCUGACUAUGAUUUCCCAAUCAUGAUGGACAAGCUGAUAAGUGACCUCCCUGUAUACAAGCGACACAAUUUUAUGCUCUCCUUACCCAAUAUUACAGAUUCAGCCAUUGAAAAGAAGCAGCAAUUUCUGAAACAGAAGAUUUGGCUGGAAGCCUUUGCAGCUGACCUACUGAGUAUCAUCCCUUCACUGACCUUCAUCUUGGACAGUGACUUGGAGAUUCUAGAGAAAAGCAUGAAGUCCUACCGCACUGUGUUUGGAGUGGAUGACGAAUCUUUGCAGAGUUUGGCUAUGGACUGGAAAAUGCCAAUGGAUCAGGUGGAAGACAUGUUGAAAUCUCCAAAGGUGUUCAAACUUACAGAUGAAGAAACAGUACAAGAAAGGCUUUCAAGAUAUUAUAAGGAGUACUGUUUGGCUAAUGGGUAUUUAGUUUCCAAAAAUCUUUAUCUUAGAGAAAUAUUUUACCUGAAAUUUUAUUUCCUUGACAUGGUGACUAAGGACUCUAAAACUCUUCUCAAAGAGAUAUGUUUAAGAAACAAGUUGGUUCCUAAUUAGGCUGAAGUUCUGUGACUGUCAAAAAAACCAGAAUCAAUAACAGAAAACUAGGAAACAAUAUAUUGGGUUUGCCCAGGCUAUUCAGGCUUUAUCCAUAGUUAGUGAUAAUGUAUCCACAUUAGCUGUAGCAAGAGGAAUCAGAUAUGAAUAAAUACGCUGAUUCCUAAAAAAUAUAUCUCCUCACUUUGAGUAAACUCUCAGAUCAAAUAAUUUUGUUUAUAUUUAAGUUUGUUUAUUAAAAAUUGACAUCCAUGUUCAGGAUUAGCAUUAUGGUGGUUAAUUGUCAACUGGACCAAAUCUAGAGUCACAUGAACAAUGAACCUCUGUACUUGCAUUUGGGAAAAUAUUUUGCUUAUGUUAAUUGAGAUAGGAAGCCCCUCCCAUUGUGGGUAGUAUCAUUCCCUAGCUGAAAACUACUGUGUAUAUGGAGAGAGGGCUAAGUAGCAGCCCACUUUCACGCUUUCAUAGCUCUCUGGUUUGUUUUUUGUUUUUGCUUUUGUUUUACCUGUGGAAAGACUGGCACUAGCUGACUCAAGACACUGCUGUGACUUCUUGAUAAUGAUCCACAUAACCUUAAACUUGAUACUGUAGACUCUCUAGAUAGAGAAAUUAAAGGAGAAACCUUUAGAGGUAGCUCAAUAAAGUAGACCUUGCAAGUCUGAAGCCCUGAGUUCUGAUUCCCAGAACCCACAUGAAGCCAGUUAAGCAUCUGUAAUCCACAUACUUCUAUGGUGAGAUGGGAGGCAGAGAGAGUAACAUUUUGGAAGAUCAUGGAGACCAGUUAUCCUAACACAUGUAUCAGGGAAUUAGAGGCCCUGGCCCAAACAAGUUGAAGGUGAAAACCAACACUCAUCUUGUCCUCUGUUCUCUGCAUGCAUGCCAUGUCAUGGUCAUGCCUGUACACACACAUGGAAAUACACACACAAAAAAAGUUUUUUCAUUUAAAAAAAAAAAAGAAUGAAGGUUUGGGGCAGUAACUCAGUGGUAUAAUACUUGCCUGCCUCACACUCAUGAAGCCUCAAGUUCAAUCCCUAGCGAUCCAGAAAAAGGCAAAAGGGGGGCAGGGUACAGGGAUGGCUUAGAGAUUAAGAGAGAUGGUUCACAGGUUAAGAAUACUAGCUGCUCUUGCAGAGGACCAGGAUUCAAUUGACAGAACCCACACAGUAGCAAUUCCUUUUCCAGGGGAUCUCAUAUCAUCUUCUGACCUCCACACAGACUAGGCACACAAGUGAUAAACAGACAUACAUAUAAGGCAAGUACUUAUAAAAGAAAAUUAAAUUAAGAAAAAAUUAAAUAUAUGAUUAAAUUAAAGGGGGAGAGAAACAAAAAUCUAGAGAUCACAAUAGCCUUAAUAAUGACCAAGAAUUUCCAAAAAUCCUGUUUAGAAGGAAUCCUUGAGAAAAUACUAAAGAAGCUCUCUAAUUCAAUGCAAGAACUAGGGGAGAUGAUGAAAUUUCUUUGCCUUAAAAUGAUUGGUGUUUCGAAUGCUGUGAUAGUAAAUGGCUGCUCUUAUCCACAUCAAUAUCAAAAGUCAUUUAAUAAAUUCUUUCUGAAUAAA